AGAAGGCGUUGCCAUGGCAACCUGUGUUCGACGCCUCCAGCUGGAAGUACAGCGACAGGGUCAGAACCAGAAAAAAAGAGAAGCAGAUGAUGACAACUUAAUGUGCUGGGAACAAGCUUCAAUCUCUAACUAUAAACCUACAAGAUUGACCCAGAAUUGUUAGACAUGUCUGCAUCAAGCAACCAAACUCGGAGGCACUCAGCCAUGCAGCGCAAGCUGAAAGAGCUUCUGCGUUUUGUGGACAAAGCUGACAUCCAGACAGACAGCUCAAGUCACCAGGGUCUUAACAGCCUCACUCAUAAACCCCUCUACAGCCGACCACUCAAGCCGAUUCAGAACGAGCCUCAGUGUAAAGACACGGAACCAACUCACAAAGCUGAUGGGGAGAAGGUGACUGAUGGCCUACAGAGCUGCACUAUAGACACUAAUAAACCUAGGAUCCAGAAACGUGAGGAAUUGGUUACCACUAAUCUGACAGGAGGGUUGGACAGGCCAGAGCUAGGUAAGAUGAGAAAAGCAAAGCAGGAUGGUUGUACAGAGUCUCAGACGAAGAAACAGGACAACAGCUGGUUCACACACACAAACAAAGCAGGGGUCACCCGGAGCGAUCGACUGCACCAGGGGCGGUGCAUUGACAAACGGCCAAAAGACCUGAUAAACAGGAAGUGUCUGAGUUGGAGAGAAGCAGCAAAGCGGCAUGAGAGCAAGCUUCAGCAGGCACUGAGGAAACUUCCGGCAAGGGAAGGUCCCUGCAGAGAGCGCCUCGGAGUAUUCAGCGACGUCUUUGAUGACGUGUGCAACGGCUCACGUGCAUUUGGCGACAUCCUCCGAGAAAUCAAGAAAGAGUACGAUUUGUUCGUCGCAUCACUUCUUACCUCACAGUCACUUCUCCAGGACAAGUCUGCUGAUCUCCCUGUCGAAGCCUCCACAGAAGGACUCGAGUUAAAGGAAGCAGCAAGUCAAAUGUUUUUACUGGAACAGGAAGCCAAGAGGGUUUUAGAGGAAAAUGACAGAGUCAGAUUAGAGUAUGAAGACGUUCAACUCAAAGCUCUGGUAGACCAGAAAGAAAAAGGUUUAGAAAGCUGUGAUACCCGUCGACGUGAUGAGGACCCGUUCUCAGGAGUGAUGCCAUGUGAACGCUCCUCCGUCGCUCAGGUGGAGGCUAAGAGACAGCAGGUGUGGAAAGUGUGGGGUGAGCUGAAGGACCUUGAGAGAGACAUCAAGGAGAUGAUGAUGUCCUCUGUAAUCAUCAGUGCUCUGGAGACCAGCAUCAGAGACUCAGAAGAUGAAAUCUUGAACAUUGCCGCAUUAAAUGUGCGUCUCCAGAGAGCCAAUAAGGAUCUCGAACAAAACAUUUCACUGGUCUUGAGCAAUGCGCUAAUCAGCGAGGAGACAAAAGCGCAGAUUUGGGAGGACAUAUGGACCACACUAAAAGGACAUAAUAAGGACACUUAACUAAUACAAUUUUUUUUUGCUUUUCUUUUCUUCUAUAAAGUAUGCAUCCUAAUUUUU